CUUAUCACGUAGUUAGUUUUUAAGCUCUUGUUUUUCAUUCAAUUUUACACUAUCCUAAAAUCGUUGCGUAACUAAUAUCACUAUGUCUCAAGCCUCAGCGCGCAUCCUCAGCAGUGGCAUGCGCUUGCCACCGCUGCCCACCAUCCGAGAUUUGGUGAAGCUAUACAAGCUGCAGGCCAUGAAGCAGCUCAGUCAGAACUUUCUCAUGGACGAGCGACUGACGGACAAGAUUGUUAAGUCUGCCGGUCGCAUAGAUCAAAAUGACAUUGUAUUGGAAGUUGGUCCGGGGCCCGGCGGCAUAACGCGUUCUAUUCUGCGUCGCCAGCCACAGCGUCUGCUGCUUGUCGAAAAGGAUGCUCGUUUUACCGAAACCCUGCAGCUGCUGCGCGAAUGCGCACGCCCAUUGGAUAUGGAAGUGGAGAUCUAUCACGAGGACAUUCUGCGCUUUAACAUCGAACGGCAUGUGCCAGACACCACGCAGCGCUUGCAUCUUAUAGGAAAUUUGCCAUUUGCCAUCUCCACACGCCUGCUCAUCAACUGGUAUGAGGAUUUGUCUGAGAGACGCGGUGCAUUUAGAAGAAAUGACACCUGCAUGACGCUCACCUUCCAGAAGGAGGUGGCCGAACGUAUGUGCGCUCAAGUGGGCAGCGAACAACGCUGCCGUCUCUCGAUUAUGUCACAAAUUUGGACGGAACCAGUGCUCAAGUUCAUAAUACCAGGCAAAGCGUUUGUACCCAAGCCACAGGUGGACGUUGGUGUCGUUAAAGUUAUUCCUCUAAAGAGACCCAAGACGGAGCUGCCAUUUCCCCUCGUGGAACGUGUCAUGCGUCACAUCUUCAGCAUGCGUCAGAAAUAUUGUCGUCGUGGCUACAGCACGCUGCUGCCUCCGGAAGGCCGAGAGGAGACAACACAAGUGCUGUUCCAGCGGGCCGAUGUCCAAGAUACGUUGCGACCCUUCGAGUUGUCUGUGGCCGAAUGCCUGCGACUGGCUGACGCCUACGCGGAGCAUCUGGUCGCACAUCCUGAGGUGGCAAACUACGAUUAUCGGGCACCCAAGCAGCCACUGAGUUAACUGAACGACUUCAUAGACUUUACUUAUGUGUAUAUUGUAAAAAUUGUAUUGCAUAAGUAGAUCGGUAAAUAGAGACUACGUAAAAAUUGUAAGCAUUGUACAAAA